AUGCCUGGCGUGCACUUGUUCCCCGGGGGCAUGGGCUUCACAGGGGCCGACGUGUCUCCCGCCUCGGUCGAGAUGCUGCCCACACAGGGCGCGCCAUACACCGUCGAGGCCUGGAUCAGACCGCAGCCCGACGCCAGCGUCGCCGCGAUCGUCGGCUGGGGCGACUGGGGCGUCGAGAACAAAACGCAGUGCUUGCUCCUGCAGAGCACCAAGGAGAUAGAGGACACCUGGUGGGGAUCGCGCUUGGCGGCGCCACUGCAGGCUUCCCUGGCCGACGGUGUGUUCCACCAUGUCGCCGCUACCUGGGACGGUGCCACGCGGAAGCUUUUCGUGGACUUCGAGGAGGUGGCCAGCGGCGCGGCCGCGCCGAACGCGGUCACGAGCACCGACACGUUGUGCAUCGGCCAGGCCGGUUGGGACGAGGCCGACAUCGCCGUCUGCCCCUUUAAGGGCGCCCUGCGUGACCUGCGCAUCUGGAGCGUCGCGCGCUCUGCUGCCGAGCUGCGGGCGCGCGGCGCCGCCGGGUAG